UAUUUUGUUGUUAAAACAUGCUCAAUUGUUUGUUCUUAUUAUCAGUGCGUGAUAUAUAUUUCGAUUUUGAAAUAUAUCAAACUAAAUAGUUGUAGCCGGAUGUAGAUAUGCUGCAUAAAUUGUAGUAAUUUAGGUUAUAUUUGACGUAACUAAAUUUUGGUGCUAAAAUGAAAUCAAAUCGACCUGUGGAUAACGUAUCCUCAUUGCUCUUGACGCAGGAUGAAAAUGAAUUAAUUUUCAGACUGCUAGGGCCUAGAUGUUCGACUUUAGCUACAGCUGUUAUGCAGCUAUUUACUACAGAUGCACCGGGUCAUGAUAAAUGGGUAAAGAGGCACACAGGUGUUCUAUGCUUCGUUAAAGAUGGCAUGAAGAGAUCAUAUUUUUUUAGAAUAUAUUGCCCACUAAAAAAAACUCUGAUUUGGGAACAUGAAAUCUACAAUGAGAUAAAAUAUCUGUGUGUCAGGUCAUUUUUUCAUACUUUCGAAGGGGAGGAUGCUAUGAUAGGUUUUAGUUUUGCACUUGAAGAAGAAGCUAUUAAAAUGAUAUCAGCUGUUCAAAGUAAAUUGGAAAGUCGACAAAGAAGACGUGAAGAAAGAAAAGCCCGUUUAUCAGCUAAUAAAAUGUCAGGAGGAGAUUCUUCAGUAGAUUUUCGGGAAAAACGUAUUUCACCAGAAAUGCCUAAUGGAUACAAUUAUAAACCACAAGUCAUGCAAUUAUCGGAAUCCAGUUUAAAAAAUAAGAACAAGCUUCCUAGAGGUAAAUUUAGGAAAGAAGAUAUAGGUCAACCUGAAAACUUCCGUCAUGUUUUCCAUGUGGGUCCCGACUCUCAAGAUAAAGUAGAUGAAACUUUGAAAGAAUUUUUCCAUAAGGUGGGAAUAUCAGAUACUGAACUGCGAGAUGAGAAAACGCGUACCUUUAUAUAUGAUUUUAUUAGUGAUCAUGGUGGUAUGGAUGCAGUAAAACAAGAAGUUGAAACUAAACCACCACAACAGAGAGAACAACAGCAGACGUUAAGACCUCCACCUAUUCCGUCGAGAACGACUCCAGUUAAUAGACGUACGCCACCACCACCCCCUUCGCGUGUAACAGCAUCAGCAUCUGGUGCACCUCCUACGCCGCCUGCAGCUCCUCCAGCACGGCCUCCCGCAGCUAGACCACCACCUCCAAGUGCUACAGCUGCUCCACCACCACCACCUUUACCCGUGGUGCAGCCGUCAGCAGCACCACCUCCACCUCCUCCACCUAUUGAUGGUUUACUGAAUAAUAUGCCAACACCUAAAUCACCAUCAGGAGGGAAUGAAAAUAACAAUUCAUAUUUGGCUUCAAAUUUAAGCAAUCUGAAUUCAAAUAAAAACAGCGCGCCGGCCGUGCCUGAUCCAAGAGCUGCGCUCUUGGAUAGUAUCAGAAACGCUCCUACACUUAGGAAAGUACAGGUUGAACCUAAAGCUCCCAUAUCAGACAGCAGAUCGAAUUUAUUGAGUGAAAUAAGAGGAGGCAUUGAAUUAAAAUCGGUCCCCGUAAAUGCAAAUCAGAAAACAGAAGAACGUCCAAUGGAUGGGCUGGCUGGUGCUUUAGCUAAAGCUUUAAUGGCCAGACAGAUUGCAAUCAAUCCCGACACUGAUAGUUCAGAUAACGAUACCAUAAGUGAUGAAGAUGAUUGGAUCUAAAGUUAUCGAAGUAUUAUAUGCGGAUAGCCUUUUCUUCUUUUGCCCGCGUUUUAGUGGGCAACGCCAUGGUAUAAAGACGGUGUUGAGUAAGAGUAGUAGUACAUCAGGUUCAGGAUUAGAAAGAUA